AUUAAAUUAAUAAAAUGGUCAACAACACUACAAACUCAACCUUGAUUAUGGAAGAAAACCAAUUCACAAAUUUUCCUUCUCAAUUUUCCAAGUCUUUCCCACCAACCAAACAGUUUUGGAAUUGGAACAGAGAGUAUAUCAAAUCACACUUAGCUUCAACAAACAAACAAUCCAACAAAAAUGUCGUAACCAACAACUGUCCAAAUCCAAUUACCCUUUAAAUUCUCUCCACUCCAAACCAUGCCACUCCUCCACUUAUCCAAAUCCAUUUCCUUCCUAUUCUCAACCCCCAAAUUAUUCAAAUCCCCAAUUCCAAUUCCAAUGGCCACUCUCUCAUCAUCCAUGGCUUCCACUCCCAAUCCCAAACCUCGUCUCAGGGGAGUCGUUUUCGACAUGGAUGGCACCCUUACCGUCCCCGUCAUCGAUUUUCCGGCAAUGUACCAGGCAGUUCUUGGUCAGGAAGAGUAUCUCAGAAUUAGGGCUCAGAGUCCUUCUGGGAUCGAUAUUUUGCAUCAAAUCGAGAAUUGGAGCCCUGAGAAGCAGCAGAAGGCGUAUCAAACUAUCGCCGAUUUCGAACGUCAGGGACUCGAUCGCCUUCAGAUCAUGCCGGGUGCAGCUGAGCUUUGUGGGUAUCUUGAUUCUAAAAGAAUAAGGAGAGGUUUAAUCACUCGUAAUGUUAUGACAGCAGUGGAUUUGUUUCAUCAACUUUUUGGGAUAACAUUUUCUCCUGCGUUGAGCAGAGAAUUUCGUCCUUACAAACCAGACCCAGCUCCAUUACUUCACAUAUGCUCAGUUUGGGAUGUUCAACCUGAUGAAGUGAUAAUGGUUGGUGAUAGUCUUAAAGAUGAUGUAAGGUGUGGCAAAGAAGCUGGAGCUUUUACAUGCUUGCUCGAUGAAACCGGAAGGUACGAUUCUCCAGAAUAUGCAAAUGUGGAUCACAAACCAGAUUUCAAAGUGUCUUCCCUUGUUGAAAUCCACACACUAUUGGAAUCAAAGUUUCAUCUUGAACCUUGAUCAUCCUCAAAAGCUUGAUAGUUGAUAUUAGGAAAGCAAGCUUUAAUAUUGGAGGUAGGUAGGUUAGUUCUUAGAUAGACAAUUGAUAUUUUUGAUUCUGAAGACAAUAUGAGUGAGUUAAGUAAACUCCAAGGAACUCAUUGGACUUCAUUUAGGGACUUUUUUCUGUAGCCAAUGCCAUUAUGCAAAAACUAUUUGUAAGGAAGGCUGUUUGUGAAGUGUAGUUGUAUAUGUCUUAUAUAUAAAUAAUUAAGUCAUGUUUUGUUAUGUGUA